UAGAAUUUGUGAAGCAUUCACUAUUCAAAAAUUACUGUGCCAAGGAAUUAUGCGUAGUAGUCAACAAGAGUAAAGGUUUCGUUAAUUUGUAGACGAAAUUAUUUCAUCGAGGAAUAUUUUGAGCUGCGUUUCUUCAUUUGCGAGUCUUCCAAAGAAGACCUAUUUGUUUGCAUUAUGUCGCAAGUGUCCCGUUGUUCUCCGUAUUCACUGAUAGAAGUUGACGACGCUCUCUCCCUAGCACUGUCGGAAGCCUCACAUCGUGAGCUCAUACAAGUACAGUCCAAGGAAGCAUUCGGUUUUGUAGCAGCUGAAAAUAUCUAUGCAAAAAGUCCUUUUCCACCGUUUAAAGCCUCUCUGAAAGAUGGCUACGCUGUUAGACAUCCGCUUUCACCCGGAAAAAAACAACUAGUUGGUACUGUGAUAACUGGAAGAUCAAAGGAGCUGCCACAAGUCAAUUCUGAGCAAGCCGCGUAUAUUACUACUGGAGCCCCAUUACCACCUGGUGCAGACUCAGUUAUACCGGUAGAGUGGACAGCAGAAUCUGGAGACCCGGGUUUUGUCAUGAUUUCCAGAGGAACGCAUGUUUCAGGUCAGGAAGUUCGUCAGAUAGGAUCUGAUAUUCCUGAAGGAGAGCUUAUUAUUUCCGAUGGUUCGCAUAUUGGAGUUACAGAGUGUGCGUUGCUUAUCAACUGUGGAGUGGAAAGGGUUCAAGUUUAUAAGCGCCCAAAAGUUGCUGUUUUCUCUACAGGAAAUGAACUUGUAGAAAUAGGAAAUUCGCUUUCAUUCGGAGAGAUAUAUGAUGCCAAUAGACCACUUGUAAUAGCAGCUUUGAGAAAGAUGGAUAUUGAAAUAGUCGACUUGGGUAUUGUAAGAGACGACGAAGUGCAUGUAAGAGAGGCGUUUGAGAGAGCUCUAAAACUGGCGGAUAUAAUCAUAACUAGUGGAGGAGUUUCUAUGGGAAGCCACGACUAUGUAAAGAAGGUUUUAGAAAGACUUGGCAAGGUGCAUUUUGGCCGAGUGAGAAUGAAGCCUGGAAAGCCAUUAACAUUUGCUACGGUAGAAAGUGAAAAUUCAAGCAAAAGAUUCGUGGUUGGGUUACCUGGCAAUCCAGUUAGUUGCUAUGUUUGCUUUUAUCUUUUGGUAGUCCCUUUGAUAAGAAAGCUGUCUGGUUAUUCGAAACCUCAUUUGCCCAUAAUAGAAGCAGAAUUGUUGGAUCCUAUUCGAUUAGAUCCUGAAAGACCAGAAUACCAUCGCAGCAUUUUGCAAUGGAAUUUUGAACGGCAUAUUUAUCAAGCCAAAAGUACAGGUGAUCAAAGCAGUAGCCGGUUGUUGAGUGCUACAAAGGCAAAUGCGUUGCUCAUUCUUCCAAGUGAAAAUAAAACAUUGGAAAGAGGUACGCUGGUUCCCGCCAUAUUGCUCGAAUGUGACAAAUAAAAAUUUCGUCUCGUUUGGCCAUGUUGUUGUCGUUUGCGGGAAGUAUUCUUUGCUGGCAUCGUUUUCAUAUUCACCAAAAACAUUCUACUUGUUCAAAUAUUUAUGAAUGGAAUAGAUAUAGGUUGACAAGAAGGAAAUCUGCAAGAAAGGUUCAAACCCUUUU